AUGGACACCCCACAAACCAAAAUUCCUACGCGCAUCAUGAUCAUCUCAGACACCCACACCUUCCAAUUCGGCAACCCCAACAUCCCCUUCUCACUCUCCAACAUCCCAUCAGAUAUAGAUAUUCUCCUUCAUUGCGGAGAUCUCACCAGAAUAGGCGAUCUCUCCGAGUACCGCUGCGCUCUCCAAAUGCUCGAAGCUAUCCCUGCGAAAUUAAAACUCGUUAUUGCGGGGAAUCAUGAUCGUACUUUGGAUAAAGCGUGGGUAUUACGGCAUCUGCGGAGGAGAUAUACGGAAGAGGAAAAAGAGGAGGCUUUGAGAGUUUGUGAGGAGGGUAAUGAGAUUAUGCGUGGGGAAUUGGCGGGGAAGGCAGGAGUUACUUAUUUAGAGGAGGGUGUGCAUGAGUUUGUUUUGGGGAAUGGAGCGGGGUUGAGGAUUUAUGCGUCUCCUUUUACGCCGGAGUUUUGUGGGUUUGGGUGGGCGUAUGAGAGGGAGGAGGAUAGGUUUAAUGGGGUGAGUGAACGGGAGGUGGGUAUGAAGGGUGUGCGUGGUGCGGUGCGGAUUCCGGGGUUUGAGGAGGAUCGUGAUAAAGAUGGAAAUGGGGAUGGGGGAAAUGUAGAUAUAGUAAUGACUCAUGGACCUCCGAUGAAUAUAUUGGAUAAAGUUGAUGGAUACGCGGGACACGUCGGGUGUGUUAAUUUAUUUAGAGCGCUCAGUAGAGCUAAACCAAAAUUAUUCUGUUGUGGACAUAUUCACGAGGGUCAUGGGGCGGAAGUAGUUUCGUGGGAAGAGAAAGAUAUUGCGCGGAGAAGAAAUGUUCAGUGUUGCUGGCCGGGGUUGAAUAGGGAAGUUGUUGUGGAGGGGAAGGAGACACUGAUGGUUAAUGCGAGUAUUAUGGAUGUGGGGUAUAGGCCGGUUAAUAAACCGUGGUUUGUUGAGAUUGGUUUGCUGAGGGCAGAGGGAGGGGGGGGAGUCCAGGGGUGA